AUGGUUGAAGCAUUUCAGAAUGAGAAGGGCAACAUUCAACUUCUUAAAGGAAAUGUACUCCAAGACAUUAUACAUGGCUUCGAGGAAAAAUGGAACUUCCCUCAGUGUGUUGGAGCUGUGGAUGGGUCACACAUUGAGAUCAAUGCACCUCCAGAGAAUGGUAUCGAUUAUGUAAAUCGAAAAGGAUACCAUUCCAUCAUUCUUCAAGCCCUUGUUGAUGAUAAGUGCUUGUUUACAGAUAUUCUAGUUGGGUGGCCUGGAUGCGUACACGACGCCAGAGUUUUGUCAAAUUCAUCACUCUACCAGAAGGCCCAAGCUGGAACGUUGCUGCCACUGCAAACAAAGGAAAUCGAGGGUGUGCAAGUACCACUGUUUGUGAUUGGUGACCCAGCGUAUCCACUUUUACCUUGGAUGAUGAAGGGAUAUGCCGACUGUGGCCGACUGACCCCCCGUCAGCAGAACUUCAACUACAGAUUGAGCCGGGCACGUAUGGUCGUUGAGAGAGCAUUUGGACUUCUCAAGAUGCGAUGGAGGAGCCUUUACAAAAUCAACGAGAGCAAGGUUGAAAAUGUUAUCCAUAUGGUCACCGCAGCAUGUGUUCUUCACAACAUCUGUGAAAUUGCACGAGACACACUGGACUUAGAUUUGUAUGAGGAGAACAUCAGACAGCAGCAAAACCACCAUCACCACCCAGAAAGAGCAGCUGACAACAAUCGAGCAGAAACAUAUCGCACAGCACUAACUGAACACCUGCAAAAUAAUUGA